GGAUCGCGACUUCGCCGAGCGUCGGCUAGAGGGCGGUGAAUUUCCAACAACAUGGCCGUCUAACACCGACACCCCGUGCGAAGACUCCGCCAAGCUGACCAGCAUGAUAUCCAAAAAACCAGCGAAUCCCAUCGUCGAGCCUGACGACAGUCCGAUCUUGCGAAUAACGAAGAAGAAAGCGGUGAAACUGGCCCCGUUCAAGUUUCCAUUCUCGAGAACGUCCAAGUCGCGGUGCAACGACGAGAAGGACAAGGACAAAGAACUGGGAAGUAAAAUGGAGAAGGACAAGCGUCGCGAGAAAGAAGGAGUUAAAGAGGGCGACGCGGAACAGCAGGACGGGGGGAAGGAGAAGGCGCGCGAGGACGAGGAGGAUAACGCGAAGGGGCAGAGCAUUCAGCAACCAAUGAGUCAACUGCAAUUGACCACCGAAACUGAAUCCAAUUUAAAAUCGCCGAUAUUCGAUUCCAACAGCCCGAUGGUGAGGAACGAACAAGCCAUACGGAGCUCCCCUCCCCCCUCCUACGAGCACGUUAUCGAGCAGACGCGGCUGGAGCACGCAGCCGAGGCGCAGAAGUACGAGGGUGGAAAGAACACCGGGAACGACGCGUCUGGCGAAGAUAAUAGAACAAAAGCGCCCAAGAUCCUUCACAAGUCGAGCAAAGAGUUGUACAGAGCGGUGGCGAAACAGUGUGGCAUCACUUGCAAGAUGAGCGACCACUGCAGAUGCUUGGACUGUCAGAGCUGUUACUUCGACUGCGAGUACGACAAGAACGAGAACCAGAAGACUGACGGCGGACUCGGCGCCGGCACGCCGAUGUUCAUUUCCGAGGUGAUGCAAGGUUCCGCUUGCGUGCUGUUCUAAGGCGGCGGAAACAAGCCCCGACACGGUCUUUGCCGUGCUUCCGCGGGCCAAGCGAAAGUUCACAUGAUUGCGCACAAGCCGGGCUCUCAUUGUUCCCUGAUGGACCAACGAGAACCGUGAAUCAGCUAAAACGACCGCUCGUCCUUUGACAAUUUUUCUAAAGCCAGCCAAUAUUUCGAAGCUCGUAGUCAAGGGUAUAUAUGUAACGUGUAGAUCGGAUCUUCGUGAAUUUUCAUUUGGGAUUCCUUCGUUUGAAAAGAAAAGAAAACAAGAAAAAAAAAGAUCGACCCGUCGAAAUUAAAUCGUGAAACAAUUUUGAAAAUUCGAAGAAAAAUUCGAUGAUUACCAAGCGACACGAUAUAUCGACGGAAUUGAGAAAAUUCGAGCAAAAUUCCAAAUUUAAUUCACGAAGAAAUUCAUUUCGCGGAGGAGAGCGAAUUUUUGUUUUCGACGGUCGCAAAUUAUUACGCAGACGUUUCGAUGGAACUUUUGUUAUCUGACGGUACCUUAUGAGUUGCCGUUUCUCGAUGAGAGAUAUUUCCGAUAACGCGAGGCGAACUGCAGUUUUUGUGCUUCGACAAAGAAGCUCCACUAAUGGAAGUGUCGAUGUCAGAAGGAGAGAGAUUUCAAUUUGUCAAUUUGUCAAUUUUGCUCGUUGCAUUUUCACUCGAUUGGCAAAACGCUCGACCAAUUUCUACAAUAGGCAUUUGUAAAGUUCACGUUCGAGAUUGUUCGAAAAUUUCAUAGUCUGAUUCAAACGGUAUACUAGUCAACUCUCCGGAGUGUUGAUACAUCAAUAUCUGAACCGUGUUGCUCACAGGCGAUGCAUAUUUAAUCUCCUCAGAUCCUCCGGAUGGAAUUCGAUCAGCGCGAUCAAAACUGGACCAAUUUGCAAUCGUGAAAUUCUCGCUCGAACAAAAUUCGCCCGAAUUUAUCAGAUUUUCUUUUCCUUCUAUAAUGCGAAAGGGUAUGGAAUCUUUGUCAAUGGAAGGGGAUAUACUUUUCAUCUGGGGAAAUUACGAAGAAAAUGAAGAAAAAAAUAAAUAAAUAAAUAAAUAGCGUAAAUGUUAGCCAUGUUGUAAACGCAGUAUAUAAGUAAUCAGCAUGUUGUCUCGAAAACGCAGUACUAUUGUAAAUGACCACUUUUUUGCCCCGUUCGAUCGACUCGCUCCGAAUUUUCUGUGGCUCGAGGAAUGAGACGAAUCGAUUACACAGUUUACAGAGUCGUUGAAAGUAGACUGCGAAUUUUUAUGUAUUUGUGAAAUAUCUAAAUGGCACGCGAAAAUGCGUAAAUGUAUAAAAUAUCUAGGGUACAAUACUCGUUGUUGUAUUAUAUCCUUUAGAUGAAGCAAAUCUCUGUCUAAAUACUACUCUUUCAGUCAUCACGCGCGUAAAGAUAUAAAUUUCCGCAGUCUAUCGGUAAGAAAUUUUGUAGAAUUUACUUCAGAUAACGAGCGAAAGUUCAUCUGUCUUUCAUAGGCUACGUCUUUUUACCAACUACUUAUACUACUGUACUAUUUACAUUUUUUGACAACGAUGAAACAGGCCUAUCAUUUACCUAUGUAUCUCACGAAAUAGUAUUUUUAACGAACAAGAUGGAAAACAAUUAAAACCAUACAGAGAAAUAAUUUAAGACAUUCACAGUCACGUAAUUUACUCUAUUUGCUGUUUUUACAAUUAAUAUAUCAUCGACCAAUAACUUAAGUAGAUGUGAAACUCGGCAACUGAAAAGACGUUUAUUGCAUUAAUAUUUGACUUUUCGCGCGAGAAGUCAAACACUUACUCCACUGGAAGCAAAUAUUAAGUCAAAUGGCACCGAACGUCACUUCCGAUUACCGCUUUCUUCCACAGACUUCACGAAACAAGCGACUAUCUUUCGCAGACAGAAGGCCAGAAAGCACUCACAGAGGAACAACGGCCGCGAUCUCAUUUCUCGAGAAGAAAAGAAAUCGAAAGCUCCAAUGUCGAUCCAACGGCCCCCUGUCGAUUCUUCCGCGCGGCGAAACGCGCGUAGCUAGAUGUGUAAUUAACGAUUGUAAUUUACACGGAUUUCCCGCGGUACGGUGUCCGAGGAAAUCGAAACUCGAAACACAUGAAAGUAUUAUAGAUCGAGCGUCGAAUACGUGUAUUCAAUGGUGUCUCGUUUGCAUAUUUCUUCGCAGUACAGACCGCGAGGACGUUUUGAUUCUUUUAUAAUUUUAGUGUGUCAAGUGUCACGUUGGUCAUCAACAUUUUACAGACUUCGCGUGUAGAAAUUCACUUGUUGCGCUGUCUCAAAUUUCAAAAAAUUCGUUGCACAUCGCUGCAGUUUUGUGCCUUCAACGUUAUUUCUUGAUAUUUUUCCUUUCGGAUUGGAAAAUUUUUUGGCACAUUCUAUCAUCAUAGAUAUUUUAA